CAAGCCUGCUGGAUUUCCGGCAACCGCAGUUUUUUUUGUUUUUAUCUUGGCGUCCUUCCAAGCCUGCCAGCCAAGAGGUUACUCACUGGCACCGGGCUUUGUGGAAACUGACGGGAAGCUGGCAGAGCAAGUUCCGCAUCUGCGCAGCAGGAGAGGUUGGCGAUGGUUGGGGAGGAAGUCGCUUAAUUUGUAUGGGGGGACUAGGUAUUGUUCUCCUUUAUCUCCCCCGCUAAUGCAACAGCGAACAUUUUCACUCACCGACAUCAGUGUGCACAGAAGAGGAAUGAUGGUCAAGGAGUAGGAGUUUGAGGCGACUGAAAAGAUGACAAGUGAUUGAGGUGACAAGUGAUGGGACUGACAUGAAGAGUUCCAGAGCAGGACAAAAGUUUCUACGAUAAUUGGUGGACCAAAGCAUGAGACGGGAAGGAUGAAGUGAUACACAGAAAGAUAUGGACAAGGAUGCUGGGACACGUAAAACGGGAUGAAGCUCUGAAAUUUGAAAAUAACCAGAACCAGAUGAGCCAUGAAUGAAGGAGCUGGCCCCUAGUAGCAGCCAUGUUGGAUACUUAGUAACAAUAUUCCACUUGGAGAAGUAAAUGAAAAGCAGGCAAAAGCUGAAGGAACCAAAUCAAAAAACAGCAAAGAGAAUUGAGAUGAAACAAGAAGAGUGCUAACAUUUUAAUUCGCCUUGAUGAUGUUUAAAAUAGUGGGCCUCUUAUACCUUCAUCAGUUUCUGAAUUCUGUUAUUGCUGUACUACUUCCACCUGUCAAUCUAUCAUUUACAUCAGAAAACUUCCAUCACAUCUUAAUGUGGGAAGCAGAGACAGAUACACCAAACGAUACACGCUACACUGUGGAAUACUUAGCUUUAAGCAUACAUGGUUCAGAAAAUUACUGGCCAGUCGAGAACCAAACAGAUGAUCAAAAGAGUCUAUGGUUUCCUGCGCAAAACUGUUCAUUGAUCACGAACCAUACAUGCGAUCUAACUAAUGACUUCAUUAACAUCUAUGAAUCUUACUUCGCUCAAGUGAAAGCAGUUACAGAAAUGGAUGAAUCCAAAUGGGCUCCCUCAGAGGAAUUUCAGCCCUUUCAACACACAAAAAUACGACCAGUUAAUGUUCAUCUGUCGGAGAUCCCUUUUGGAGUCCUUAAAGUUAACUUUGAUUUUCCAGCAGUCCCGCCAUAUCUACGUGACUCAGGAUUCAAAUCAUUAAUAGCUAUCCAUUCGGCAUUGUAUUACCACAUUACUGUAUUUAAAAAUGGAGAGUUGGAACAGGUUAGAGAUAUGUUUGGACGCACACAAGAAGUACGUGUUAAAGAAAGAAUUGAAAACGUACAACCUAACACCAGUUACUGCAUUGCAGUAAAAGUGUUUACUUAUGAAGAAGAUCACUCUGACCCUAUGGAAAUGAAAUGUAUAGUCACGCAGUAUGAGAGGGACCUUAAAGCAUCACAAACACCACUACAAACACCACUAAUAUUUAUUUUGUGCAUCUUGGGUGUUGGCUUGCUCAUCGUCAUCGUAGUAUUAUACAAAGGAGGUUAUCUUUGUUUCUUAAUCAAAUACGGUCCACAAGCUCUGAAUAAUUUUAAACACAUCCAACCUGUCUACAAUUGUUAUAAUGUGCAAGAAAAACUCAGCACUUUGGAACACGUUUGUUUCAAAGAAAAGAAAAUUGAAAACAUUGAAGAAAGCAGUGAAGACAAACUAAUGAAUAGUGAUCAGGAAGUUGGCUAUGAGCCAAAUUCAUUCGCUAAAACUGUGAACAGUGCUCAAAGCUGCAGUGCAUCUUCUAAACUAGGAACAGAUGAAGCCAGCAAAAUGUCUUGUGAUGAUCAGCUGUGUGAUUCAGUCCCUGAACAAUUUUUCACUAAUUUCAAUGACUGUGAGAUGGCUCCAACAGACAUCAUGCAAAAUGAAUGCCCAGAUGCUGAGACCACAAGCCAGACACAGACAAUCCACAGCAGAAGAAGCAGUUCUGCCUCUGCAAGCAUUAAUGUUUCUAAUGUCCCAUUGUGGUCUAUCCAAAUCCAAGACCCGGACAGUUGCUUUGUAGACUUUACAAAUGAAAAUGUGUGUGAUCAGGAGGCACAUGAACCUGAAAUUGCAGAAUGUGAUGAUUUGAAUAAUCCUUUGCUUUUUAAGGUUUGUGACAAUGCUGCAAUUUAUCAGUAUGAGAAACCAAGUUUCUGUGAUAUGCCAGGCGCUGCUUCACUUCCCCAGGCUUUGCAUUCUGACUAUAUGAGACGUUGAAGUAUAUUUGCAUGAGGUGUGAUAACUACUUUUGUAAAACCGUUUGAAAUAUCCUCAAACUUUUAAAGACAAAAAUGAUGCUUAGUGUUGUUGACAUCUUCACUUUAAAACGUUCAGCUGAUGGGAUUUUCCUUUCAGAUCUUUCAGUAACUACUCUGAUCUGUAAUAGCUACUGAGAGGAUUUAAAAUAUCUAAACUAGCUUAGCAAAAAAUAAAAUGUUAGGUAUUUAUGUAACCCCAUAGAACGUGAGUAGAAUUUUCAACUUGGUGCUGGUAUAUUUUAUCGAGGUGUCUCUGUUUUCAGUUUAUCUGCCAAAGCCGGGGGUUCAUGGGUUGAAUGUAUGAGUAAUUUCUCACCUGAGAGGGAAAAAGAAUUGUUCUUCAGAUAAGAAAGUGGCCUUUUUUGUGAGGACAGAAUAAUAAAAAGCAUUGAUGAGAUGAAUAUAAAACAAUCUGGAUAAUGAGCAGAGGGACAUGUGCAAAAUUCAGAAGCUUCAAAUAAGAUAGAUUUUUAAUCAUAGGAUUGUGGAUAUGUAGAAGAAACUACCAAAGAAGAUACUUGAUAGGAGGUCUGGCAAUUUAUUUUACAAAUGGUAUGGAUUGAUAUCUGUUGAUAAAUGGGAUGGAGGGUUUCAAGGGAGGUGGGGAAAUGAAGGUGAGAGCUAACUAAAAUGAAGAUCAUGUGGUAUGGAGAGAAGUCCAUAAUCUCAUCGUCAUGCAUGGAAAUUGAUGUGCUGCAUGGCUUUUCCCUCCUCUGGACCACUUUGUUUUUGUGCAUUCUGGUUUUAUUUGUGGUGGUCUACAGUAUUUUACUUUUCAUUUUGGUCAUUUGGUCAUUUUCAGUAAGGUUUAGUUAUGACUCGUUCCCUUCAAAAUAUGAAGGCACGUAAUGUCCACUUGGUUCAGUCUCAACAGUUUGAGAGAUUUUAGUGAAAUGCUGGGGAAAGUUAAUUUUAUAAAUUAAGAAUUUCUUGGAGCUGGUACCUGCUUUUCCAUCUUUAAGGGAAUUGACUAGCUAUUCAUGGUUUAUCUUCACCAUCUCAAAGGAAACGUGUUUCGAAACUGACAGCAACCCGCUCCUAUAAAACAAAUGUAAAAUACUGGAAAUCUGAAGUAGAGAAAAUCCUGGAAAUUCUCACCAUAGGCAUUGCCUGAUAUGGUGAGUGAAACAAGAGUCAAUGUUCCGUGUUGGUGAACUCUGCUGUAUGUUCAUUUGUUAUUCUAAUGACAUCAAAUAAUAAUUUGUUCUUUGCUUGCUGUGCAGCCUCUUUGCAUAAGGAUGUAUUGAUACCAACAGGGUAUCUGCAUUCCUUUCUUGGCUGCAAUGAUGCUUUAGCUAAUGAUUCUAAAACAGCCAAGUUGUCGUGAUUUCACUGCAAUUAGAGGAAGGGUGUUCUUACUAUGGGUGUGCAGUGGCUGAAAAGUCUUCAUUCUUCAUAUGGCCAUGUAAAACCCUAUUGUAUUUUUAUAUUGUGUUCUCAUUUUAUACAACGGUUUACAGAAUGCGUUAUGCAAAAUUACCUUACAAUUUACGAAAUGUUUUUAAUUGAAUUUGAGUUGUGAUUAUUACACGGCUGCUGGGCACAGAAUACCUCGUGGCAAAGUGACCCCCUCCCUGCCUCAGGGCCACUAUUGUGUUCUAACCAUUAGCAUGUAGCACUCAGCAUAGGAGAAAGUUUGCACUUGCAAAUCCAGUUAGCCUGACAGGCAUUGGGAAAAUGCUGGAAUUUAUUAAGGAAAAUCCUAGUAUGAACAAACUGAGACAGUAUGAUUUUAUGAAAGGGAAAUCAUGCUUGAAAAUUUUAUUAGUGCUUUGAGGAUGUAAUUAGUAGUUCCUCCUCAUAACUAGGGUCAAUCCCUGAAUUGACACGUGUCAAUUUAUGCUAUUAUCACAGAAGCCUGACUUGUUGCCCUUGAUUGAGGUGCAUUUCAACCGGAUUCUGGACAUUUUUUAGUCUCAAGAACCCUCACUAACCUUGGGCAUAUUUCCAAAGAUGGAAUAAUUUAUCUAUCCAGAGUGGGCUUUCUGGUCUUUUCCAGAAAGUUGAUCUAGUCUGGGGCAGGGGCUUGUUGUGGCAGAGGAGAGGCUGCUGGUGAUCAUUGAUUUUUUUUUUAAAUUUGGCUGGGGCCUGGGUAUGGCUGUUCUGAAAGCAAUUUUGCUCUUGUGCUCUGCCAUGCCCUUGGUUCGCCUCUGGAUGCUAGGGCCUAACAAUAUAGCCCUGCCCAGCAUUUGAAAAUGGUAGGGAAACAGUUAUGUUCUUUCCAUAUAUGUUGUUUACUUCACAGGCCUGCCCACUGGCAAAUUGCAAAGAGGUGGGGUUGCAGAACAGCUUCAUCGACACCACUGCCUUCCAAAGUUGCCUUGCAUCUCCACUUAGCUAAUAAAUCAAUGGGUAGAAAGAGAGAGCAGGCUGAGAGCUAAGCCAUCUAAAUCACUCAAAACUUGUUUUACCUAGGUCUCUUGCCACAGUACAAAUAAUUUAAUUUGAUCACUGUAGUUUGGGCUGAACCCCAUGCCUCUUUGUGUCUAAACUACAGCCAUAAAAAAUAGAACUGUUUUUUCUUUUUUUAUAAAAAGUCAUCCCUUUUUAUGACUAUUGGAAUGAAUAAAUAUACUUUUAAGAAGUUACCUGAACAGUAUUGAACUAUCCAUGAGCAUUCUAGUCGUUUACAAACUUGUGGCAAGUUUGAAAUAAUGUUAGGAUCAUGGUUUCUGCCACCACUUUGUGAAAAAAAUGAUUAAUAAUAUCACACUUUCUGGUGCCAUGAGUGCUCUCAGGUUAUGCAGGAUGUAUUGUGGAAAUUCUUACCUUUUUAUUAAUUUCAAUGAAAAUAUUGAUUUGCAAUUUUUAUAGGCCUAGUUGAGUUUUAUAUGUAUAAAACACAGCUUCUCAAAUUAAAAAUUGUGGAAAAGAAUGUGAAUAUUUACCAAUGUAGUUUUUAAGCUGACAAAAUAUUAAAUGACAUUACACUUUUCAAUUGGAAA